AUGGCUACCGCCGUUUCGACCAAACCCAUGGCACAUCCGGGCAAGAUCAAGCGGCCCCCUCCGCCAACCUUCGUACAGUCCGGCGCCAGCGGUUCCAGGCCGGCGCAAACAUCUCCCUCGUCUGGCUCUGCUUCUGCGAAUUGGACGGGAUCUUUCAAACAGUUUGGGAACUUUUCAGCCUCGGGUACCGCCGUGAAUGGCGCCAGCGGCCGGUUGGUGGCAAGGGUGAACGGAGACCCAUCGCAGAGGACACAAGACCCUUCAUCACGACUCCAACGUCCGUCAACUAGACGCCAUGCUAUGGGUAACGGCAGCGCGGAUGGUAGGCAUACGAAGAAACUCGUAGAGCCAUAUGUCAAAACCACUUCCUAUAUCUUGAAGAAAUUUGCCAAAUUCCCUCCUUCGUUGACCAUGCACCUUCACCCAACUCAUUUCCGGUUCGAUAAACAGGAUGGUAGUUUCCCUUAUAACUCGGAAAUGAAAGUUGUUAUUGAACAUCUCAAGGACGGCACAGUGCCCCACGAUAUGAUGGAAGAGCUCAUCAUGGGGAACGUGCGGUUUUAUGAUGGGUGCUUGAUUGUGCAGGUUAUUGAUCAUAGGUCCCCUUCUGCUGAGCCAACUCCGGUCACCAAAGCUUCAACCGGGCAGAAACUCACUCCGUUUUCUAUCCAUAAUUACAACGAGCAUAUGACCCCUUCUUCAUAUGUCCCGUACCCCAAACAGAACCAGGCCACCGCAAGUUCUCAACCUAUUACAGGUGACCAGCCUCCUCAAGCUGCUAAAUCUCCAGAUUCAACGGAAGCUCCAGACACAAACAAAUCUAAAGGUAAACAACCUCCUGCUGGAGAGGUCACUAACGCGGUGACUACCGGGCCAAAAGUUUUCACUACAGUCUUACAUCCUACACCACGCUCCCUACAAGCCGAGCUCACACUUUUAUCCACGAUUCCUGACACACGAGCUCAACAACGCCGUCAAUCCCAAGGCUUCAGUACCUCCCGAACUUCCACAUCUACCUCCCUUACCCAACCUUCCACACCACUUUCCGCAGUUGCCCCUCCCUUGGAGCGGGGACAUCCAGCAAAACGCCAAAAGAUGCUAGUUGAACCUUACGAGCUUCCAGAGGUCGAGUCAAAGUUGAUUCUUGCUACUGCACCCCCGCUAUACCUAGAUCCUGUUGACAGCUUAGAGGCUAGCCAGAACCUGCUUAAACUCUUAGAGUCACCUUUGCAUUGCCACAAACCACCUUCGCCGAAGACCAGGAGACGCACUGUGGCUGAACUCGCGGCCGAUGAAGCAUUGGCUGCGGCGGAGGAACGAUUCAUGCUGAUCAUGGACGAGCGACUCGAACCGGCGAUUUCAGGGGCCGCAAAUGCAGCGAAGUCAGCGGUUGCCGAUGGAGAUGGCGGUGCUGUUCCAUUUGAGCCU